AAUGAAUUGAAAGGUUCAACCAUCGAAUCGAAUGUGCGCGCGAGCACAAAAUCACUCUGAACAAUAAAAAAAUACCAUCAUCAACACAACAAAAUACAGAUCAGAAUGGACUGAGAACAGAGAGAGAGAGAGCGAGCGAGAGAAAAACGACCAGCAAAGAUACGUCAUAAGAAGAGAACGCAAAAUCAUCGGUAGGAAAAGGAAAAAAAAAAUAUUCUGUGUAAAACACAAACGGUUCGAUUUCUUUUCUCUUUCGCGGUGUGUUGUUGUUUAUCGUCGUCGUUGUCGUUGUCGACGUUGUCCACAACGAUCUCAAAAAAGUGUUCUCUCACUUCGAUUUUGGUUUGAAAUCAAUUAUAUUCUUCACAUGAUUACAGUUAGUUGGUUUCCUCUGUCAGCGGGCUCACUCUCAACUUCGCCAUCGUUCAGCUUUCGUUUCGAUCUUACCGCUUUCCAUCUCUUUCAUUCCAUUUUCCGUUCUCUUUUUUCUUUGGUUCUCGUGUCGUUGGCAACUGUUAGUUUGAGGCAUUCGUCUUGUGCCACACAAGAAAAGACACCGAUCAUUCCGUUGAUCUCUCUCCGUCCAUAAAGAAGAACCGUGUGGCUUAUCAAAUGACAAAAAAUGUAAAAAGUUCUCAACAUCAUCAUCAUUUGUAAUUGAUACACGGACGGUUUCGAAUGUGAUUGGAAAAGCCCAACAACAAAUUAAAUCCGAUAGCAAAUAGUGAACCAGUGAUAAUUGACGUGAUUUUUCCAUAAAAAUUUAUCAAUUUUUUUAUGUGUGUUUUAUAAUCGAUUUUCAAAAAAAUGGCCCGUAUUUUCAGUUUUGGGCACCAAAUACUGACCUUUGUGAUAUUUAUCAAUGGUUUUCAAGUGUUUUGCACCACAUUACCAAAUCAAAAUCAAGUGAUUGAAAAUAUUAAACUCUUAUCACAAACGGAUGAAAGUGGGUUGCAACCGUCUCGAUUGCGUGCAUUACUUGUGAACGAUCUACGAAACAUUCUCAUCAAAAAUACGCCAGAGAAAGACGAUUGUUUGGCCGAAGCAAAGGUUAAAGUCUACGGUUCGAAUUGCAAUUGCAGCCGAUAUACUUGUCUGGCUCGUCGAUUUUCGCACCAAACAAAAAGAUCAAGAUUCCUGAUCGCUAGAAGCUGUGAAGAUAUGUGCUGUCGAAAACGUAUCAUAUCGAAAAAAUCGACAUCGUCCAAUUUUGACAAUUACACUGGUAAUUAUCUUCAAUGCGAAAUUGCGAAUACAACAUAUGCUAGCAAUGUCAAUAACCUGCGAAUCAAGUCAUUGGUGCAAAUAUUUUCGAGCAACGGCAAGAAAUUCGUGUGUCUUGGCUCGUUGGUUCAUCCAAGAGCCGUUCUCACCACACUCGAAUGCGUUUCAGCGUAUUCACACGACAAACUUUAUGUGAAAAUGAAAGAAACGGUUGACACAUUUCAGAAUUUGUAUCAAAUUCGCAACGUAUCCGAAAUUAUAUUGCCGGACAAUCACAUGGACCGAUUUGAGAAAUUGCGUUUUAACAUGGCUUUGCUGAUACUGAACAAAGAAAUGGAAAUAAAUUCACAAAUUGCCACCUCAUGCCUACCAAAGUAUCAAGAAUCUGUACAGGGUUUGGCCAAUCGUAAAUGUUUUGUCACUUCGCUCGAAUAUGUUAACGGACGCCUCAUCGAACGCACCGAAAACAUUCACAUUUUCGAAGUUGAUCAAUGCAGAGACAUUUUCAAUCAUCAAAAUCGACUACAAAUAUUCUUUCCCAAACAAAACAUUUGCGCCGGUCAUACAAACGGACAAGGCAUUAAAAUUCGAUCAAACGGCGCUUCUUUGAUAUGUUUGCACGAGCAAAGUGAAAGAAACGGCGAUAGGUACCAUUAUUAUGUAUUAUACGGUCUGCUGGCAUGGAUGAAUGACUCAACAAACAUCGAUCACAUCACAUCGCCGCAUCUGUUUACAAACAUUUAUAACUACCGCUACUGGCUGGAGAAAAGACUUAAAAUACUUUGAACGAACUCAAACAUUUCCAUUCAACAAACUCUAAUUAUAAGCUCGUUACGAUUUUUUCAUGAUACAAAUGGCAAAAAGUAUUCAUCAACCAUGUAGCGAUUUUAAAUUUGAGCAGUUUUUAUAUUAGAAACACAAAAAAAAAGAUUGUUAAUAAAAUUCCGCUUACGUAUUAGAUUAAA